AUGACGGAAAUCAUGUUGAGACUUACCGUUCAACUACUUUUUCUUGUAGCAGGUGUUUCUUGCAUUCCGGAACAAGGGAAAUGGGUUGUCCCAUUUAACCAGGAUCAUACAAUAUUUGGAGUUAUGAAGAGUAUGUACAAGGGAACUCGUGUUGCUGUGAAAAUUGACUGUAAGGAAAUGGAAGGUGAUCUAGACAUCAAGUGGCUAUUGAGGUACUCGCCAUGUUCAGAAGAAUACAUUGGACUUGAGACCAACCCUACAUUGCAAGAGCAUUACAUGUCGUUUCCAGACAUGCAAAUGAUCAAAGAGUUUCAGAAGAAAUACACUACAUUUGAAUUCUUUCUUGGUGAAAACGUUACUAGCUGUCAGGGAGGUGUUAUACUGCUACCAGAUAUGACAAAUAGCAAACCAACAAUAGUUGAACGUGGAAACAUACAUGAAGGAAAAGCUGCAAAUAGUUCUGCACAGACAGAUCAUAGUGGAACCUCUGGUGUCCCUGACAAAUCAGGUAAAACACCUGCCCCAGGGCAAAAGGUUCCUGAUUCUGCAUCAGAAAAAACAAAAAGUGAGAAUGCAGCCAAAGUUUCGGCCACAACCAGAGCUCCAGUCACAACAAAUGCUCCAGUUAAGGAUGAAAACACAUCUCGUCGGAGGAGAGCAACCAAAACAAAGCAGAAUACCAAUAAAACAGACGUGUCGACACUAAAGGCUGGGAAUAAGGUUGAUAGACAUUACUACCUGAAGGCCUGGAAGGAUGGUGUCUAUGCAUACAUCCUCUCCAUUAAAAGAAAACAAGUGGAGGACAGUGUAGGGGAAAUCAGGGUUUCCACAGAAUCUCCGAAGGCGUUCCAUGUUGAUGUGACCAUUGAAAUGAUUGGAGACCAUGAGUACAUUUCUGCACAAGAUUGGCCUCUAUUGAUAUUUUAUGGUGUGAUGGGACUGGUAUACAUUACCUAUGGUAUCGCUUGGCUGGUCAUGCUGGCUUGUAGCUGGAGGGACCUUCUCAGGGUACAGUUCUGGAUAGGAGCUGUCAUCGCACUCGGUAUGCUUGAGAAGGCGGUGUUCUAUGCAGAAUUCCAGAGUAUUUCAAGCACUGGGCAAUCAGUGAGAGGAGCUGUGAUAUUUGCCGAGUUUGUGUCCUGCCUAAAGAGGACUUUGGCAAGAAUCUUGGUCAUCAUUGUCAGUCUUGGAUUUGGCAUUGUGAAACCUAGACUUGGUCCUACAUUCCGUAAGGUGAUAGGUGUGGGAGUACUCUACUUCUUUGUCAGCUUGAUCGAGGGCUGUAUGAGGCAGCUACAGACGAAGGGAGACAACUCCAAAGACAUCCUGGCAGCGCAGGUUCCUCUAGCUGUGAUUGAUGCUUCCAUCUGCUGGUGGAUCUUUGCGAGUUUGAUCCAAACUACGAGAACACUGAGGCUGAGGAGGAACAUAGUCAAACUGUCUCUCUACAGGCAUUUUACAAACUUACUGAUUUUCGCUGUUUUAGCUUCUGUGGUUUAUAUGAUAUGGUCUCUGUCCUCACACAAGUUAAAAGUCUGUAUAACUGAUUGGCGAGAGUUGUGGGUGGAUGAGGCGUUCUGGCACUUGCUGUUCUCUGUCAUGCUAUUAGUCAUCAUGGUGCUAUGGCGACCGUCCAUUAACAAUCAGAGGUAUGCAUUCUCACCACUACUGGAUGCUGCUGAUGAUGAGGAUGAGGAAGCCCUGAUGAAUGAUGCCUUCGAUGGCAUGAAGAUGAGGGGGGUGAAGAGUCCCUUGAAUGGCUCCCCCAAACAGAGAGAUGGAAGGGCCUCUAUUGAGGAUGAUCUGAAGUGGGUUGAAGAAAACAUUCCAACAUCCCUCACAGACAAAGCAUUGCCAAGUCUGCUGGAUGACUCAGAAGAGGAAAUGAUGACAGCAAAAUAUGAAGUGAACAAGAUGCAAUAGCGAGAAUGGUGUAGAUAUAUGUAGUCUUAGCCAACUGUUUAAUUAUGAGAUAUUGUGAUAUACGUUUUCAGGUGAAUUUAAUCUGGAGUACUGUGUAAGUGAUGAGAGACCUUGGUAUCCUGUAACUGCUUGCUAUAGUGAACUACUAAAUGAACACAUUGGGUCCAGUUGGUUCACGUUUGAGUGAUCUCUCUGUUGGUUCACGUUUGAGUGAUCUCUCUGUUGGUUCACGUUCUAGUGAUCUCACGGUUGGUUCACGUUCGAGCGUUCUCACGGUUGGUUCACGUUCGAGUGAUCUCUCGGUUGGUUCACAUUUGAGUGAUCAUCUCGGUUGGUUCAUGUUCGAGUGAUCUCUCGGUUGGUUCACAUUCGAGUGAUCUCUUGGUUGGUUCACGUUCAAGUGAUCUCUCGGUUGGUUCACAUUUGAGUGAUCAUCUCGGUUGGUUCAUGUUCGAGUGAUCUCUCGGUUGGUUCACAUUCGAGUGAUCUCUCGGUUGGUUCACGUUCGAGUGAUCAUCUCGGUUGGUUCAUGUUCGAGUGAUCUCUCGGUUGGUUCACAUUCGAGUGAUCUCUUGGUUGGUUCACGUUCGAGUGAUCUCUCGGUUGGUUCACGUUCGAGUGAUCAUCUCAGUUGGUGGAAGUUGGAUUGAUACUGUCUGUUGAGGUUUAAAAUAAUAACAGUAUUAAAUAGAAAUCCUUCUGAAUGAAAUCUGAUUAACACGUGUUACAUAUAUCUCAGAAUCUUUAUAAAUGAGCACUGAUUAACACGUGUCACAUCAUGUUUCGCAUGCAUUUUGGAAUCCUUGUAAAUGAGCGUUAAAUAUGGAAUAUUUGCAUUUUGGAAUCUAGUUAAGGAAAUCGAGAACAUUUAAAGAAAGUGCUAUCUAGUAGCUUAUACCACCAGUUAUUUAAUGAAUGAAUUCAUUAAAGUUAUUAGUUUCUAUUUGAAUAUGUUGAAAUCUGACAAAUGUAUGGUCUGGAUAUACAAUAUUAUUUAUUAAUUAAGCCAGGAAGUUAUAUUACCUGGUACAGUGCAUGUGUUGUUUGUUCAUUUUGGUGAACUUGUAUAUUUUGUUGAACUGUAAAGACUUGGAAUUAUGCAGUUCACUAACUAAUCCUGUGAAUAUCAAAUCCCAGUGUAAUGUUAAAAAAAACACAUGACUCUCUUAAGCUAUAGAGCAAUGUAUAGCUGUCUGUACAUCUGUUGUUUCCUUGAACUAAUGGAGAUUGUUAUACAGGGUCAAGGUGGAUGAUACAGCUGGGUCAUGCUUGAUAAAGCUGGGUUAAUGUCAGUAAAGCUGGGUUAAGGUGGAUGAUACAGCUAGGUCAUACUUGAUAAGCUGGGUUAAUGUUAGUAAAGCUGGGUCAAGGUGGAUGAUACAGCUAGGUCAUACUUGAUAAGCUGGGUUAAUGUUAGUAAAGCUGGGUCAAGGUGGAUGAUACAGCUGGGUCAUACUUGAUAAAGCUGGGUUAAUGUCAGUAAAGCUGGGUUAAGGUGGAUGAUACAGCUAGGUCAUACUUGAUAAGCUGGGUUAAUGUUAGUAAAGCUGGGUCAAGGUGGAUGAUACAGCUGGGUCAUACUUGAUAAGCUAGGUUAAUGUCAGUA